CCAGCAUGGGCGUUGGUUCCUUCCCGGGGCUCAAACUGGGGCAAGAUGGCAGCAAAGUGACCACCGUGGUGGCCACUCCCGGCCAGGCCCCCGAUCGUCCACAAGAAGUCUCCUACUCCAACAUCAGGGUCAUUGGCAAUGGGUCAUUUGGAGUUGUCUACCAGGCCCAGCUGGCGAACUCUGGGGAGCUGGUGGCGAUCAAGAAGGUGUUGCAAGAUAAGCGGUUCAAGAAUCGGGAACUUCGGAUCAUGCGGAAGCUGGAUCACUGCAACAUCGUUUGCCUGCGGUAUUUCUUCUACUCAAGUGGGGAGAAGAAGGACAAGGCUUAUCUUAAUCUAGUCCUGGACUACGUGCCCGAGAUGGUCUACUGAGUGGCUCGCCACUUCACCAAAGCCAAACAGACCAUCCCCAUCAUCUACAUGAAGGUGUAC